CCCUAAACGUUCCGUUCCGCACUGGAUGCAAACGCAGAAGUUUGGUGAGGAUGCUGCGCGAAGCCAGGACAGCCAGCGUCCCUGUUACGGAAGUGAGAGCGGCUAACCCCGUCGUGCCUCAUCGGGAAGGUGCGGUAUCCCAUGAUACCUCGCGACAAGAUGGCGGCCCCCACGUAAAUUCACGUGAACGGGAGAGCUCCAGACCUAACGAUGUCAAUCAGCACCUAAUUGACAUUGUUACAAACUUGACAGAAAGUGUUGCUACGCUGCAGAACUGCUACCAACGUCUAGAGAGCAGGUUGGAAUCGCAAACACGACGUCCAGUGGCGGCAGCCGCCGGUAGUGAAAAUCAGCCCGUAGUUGACUCGUCUCGACCAGUUCCAGCAGUGAUAAACUCGCCAUCAGUGCAGCUGGUUCCAACACCACUACAGGCUGAGUACACUUUAGAAACAGCUUACAAGCGUUUUCAGGAGGACAGCACACUAUCUCAAGAUGUCAAGGUUUCGGAAACUGGCUCCUCAGGCAGACCUUCAUCCUGUUCCUUGCCUCCCAAUGGUGUCAAUUAUGAUGACUUAAGCCUGCACGUGGACUCAUUGUGGGACUCUGCUUUAAGCCAACGUACAAGAGCUUCGUACCAGUCGGGACUUAACUGUUUAUUAACUUUCAUCCUUAUGCAGGGCACAAGUUUUCCUGCCAACACGUUGCCUGCAGUGGAUGAGGAUGUGCUUAUUCGUUUCGUGACACACUGCCAGAAGUCUUUGCACCUUAAAUUUGACACUAUCAAACUAUACCUAGCUGGUAUUAGAUUUCACUACAUUAAGAAUAAGUUGGGGGACCCUACCGCUAACACUCUACGAUUGUCUUAUAUCUUGCGCGCUGUUAAGAAGACUCAAGUUAACACUUCUGUCAAACGUCUCCCUAUUACUUGUGCAAUCUUAGCUAAUAUGUGUAACGCUAUUGCUCAACAGGGUAUGUUUAACCCAUUUGUUGAUCUCAUGUUGUUAUGUAUUUAUAAAACCGCUUUCUUUGGUUUUUUACGCUGUGGUGAAUUUACAUGUAAUGCUGUGUGGGAUACCAAUUUUAUUCGUAUUUGCGAUAUUAGUGUACUACCAGAUUUAUCGUGUUUCAAUCUCACGCUGCGUUCAUCCAAAACAGACCCUUUUGGUAAAGGGGUAAAUAUUAGUAUUUUUGAAAAUAGUGUUUUUACACCUGUGUCCACUAUGAGAGAAUACUUAAACCUAAGACUAUCCUCAGGUGCCACUCUUUCUUCUCCUUUAUUUUUAGAUCAUAUCCAUUCAUCUACACCCUUAAUGCGUCAUACAUUUAUUUCGUAUUUAAAGGAGACUUUGUCUAGGGUUGGUAUAAAUAACAAAUCUUUCAAUGGCCAUUCUUUCCGUAUUGGCGCUAGUACCUCUGCUGCAGCAGCUGGAGUGGAAGACCAUGUCAUUCAAACUUUAGGUAGAUGGUCAUCUGACUGUUUCAUACGCUAUAUACGGAUCAAUCCUGCUACUAUCCGUCGGGCUCAACAGGUUAUGUCCUCCUGAAUAGGGUGGGGAUGGGUUUUUUAGGGAUUAACUAUUACUUGUCUUGGCCUUUAUUUUCUCAUGAGUUGGUCUAGGUCUAUAGUUCUUGUCAUUUCAAUCUACUUGUAUUAUUAAGCAUACUAUGAGUUUAAAUUAGGCCUAUAACCUUGCGUUGCAUUUUACUAUGCUUAUUUUAAUAUCUAUUAUUAUCUCUUGGGGGCUCUCACUCUGUUUUACCUGCGUGUUAUCACUCUGUUAAAACAUACGUUCAUUUUUGGCUCUUAAUUCUUGGGGAAUUUUACCCCCAAUUCAUAAUAAUAGAAUAUUCCCAAUUUGUUUCAGCUUCUCUCAUAUCGUUGAGGGUCUAGCUAACAUUUUCAGCUUCUCUCAUAUCGUUGAGGGUCUAGCUGGUGGUGAAUAUUCUAUUUAUAAUGCUGUUUUUCUAGGGCCACUUGCAGAGUCUAGUAGCUUCUCUGGUAUCGUCCAGGGUCUAGUAACUUCUCUGUAGGGACUCCUAAUCUAGCUCCGAAACAGCUCAGAGUCUUGUUUUAAGUUAUAAUUUUCUAGUAGUUAAUAGUGAUUAUGAAUAGAGUGAGUAGCCCCUGUUACGCCAAACCGUAGCUUGUCUAUUUUCUUAAGUGUAAUAAACAUUUAACUGUU